UGAAGAGAAGCUGAGGGACACAAACAAGCAGAUCAGCAAAAGACGUUACAAACAAAAACCAAACACUUUUGGGACUUCUAUUGCAAGAAGAAGAUGAAUAUUCCAUGUUUUAAAUUCACGCAUAUUCACUCUGUCUCACACCAGUUCUGUCCCGCCUCGCUCACUCAAGUUCGUCAUGCUUCGCAAAAGUUCCGUCAGGCCUCGCACAUCUCUACUCGAAGCUUGAAGAUCGCAGCUGUAGCUCCAACUUUGCAAGGCGAGUGGAUCAAGGUGGAGCAGAAAGGAGGAAAUACACUAAGUGACAGAAGCUCACACGGCAUAGCUGUGGUCGGGGAUAAGCUCUACUCUUUCGGUGGCGAGUUCAGUACCAACAUUGCCAUCGACAACGACCUUCACGUCUUUGACCUCAACACUCAAAACUGGUCAAUCGCUCCGGCCAAGGGAUCUGGACCAGACAUCCCUAAAAGCAGCUUCGGCGUCCGCAUGGUGGCCGUGGGAACUAAGCUAUAUGUCUACGGAGGCCGCAAUCAGAAGGAAGGAAACAACGACUUUUACUCGUACGAUACGGUGAAGAACGAGUGGAAGCGUCUGGCGAUUCUCGGCGAAGAGGGAGGACCCGAGGCUCGUACUUUCCAUUCGAUGGCUUCGGAUGAAAACCAUGUGUAUGUAUUUGGUGGGACGAGCCAAGGCGAUGGUGUUACGCCGAACCCCCAUCGGUUCAGAACGGUCGAGGCCUAUAACGUUUCUGAAGGGAAAUGGGCGCAGCUACCUGAUCCUGGAGAAAAUUUCGAGAAAAGAGGAGGAGCCGGGCUCCAUGUUGUGCAAGGGAAGAUUUGGGUGGUGUAUGGGUUUGCGAGUUCGCUUACGCCUGAUGGGAAAAGUGACUAUGAGUCUGACAAAGUUCAAUAUUUUGAUCCGGCCUCUCAAAAAUGGACCGUAGUAGAGACCAAAGGAGAGAAACCUUCAGCGAGGAGCGUGUUUGCGAGUGCGGUCGUGGGAAAACAUAUAUUAAUAUUUGGAGGUGAGACCUGGCCGGAUCCAAAGGGCCAUUUCGGUCCGGGGACGUUGUCCAACGAGGGUUUCGCAUUGGACACAGAGACAUUGGUGUGGGAGAGGUUUGAAGGAGGGGAUGAACCGAAUACACGUGGUUGGACGGCUUCCACGGCUGCCACAGCCUAUGGGAAGAAAGGCCUCUUCAUGCAUGGAGGUAAAACUCCUCAAUAUACGCGAAUCAAUGAUCUCUACUUCUACGCAGUUAAUUCCGCGUGAUCCAUGCAUGCUCUCACUCUCAAGGUUAAUUAUUUUAUGAUCCACUAAAGGUUUGUGAAACCUAUGAAAUAAUAUCCACUUAUGCGUGCAUGUUUUCGUUUAUUUAUCUAAAUCAAGUUAUGUGUAUGCUGUGUGUUUGUGGUUUGGAAAUGUUUAUCUACAUAUCGUUCGAAUAAUGUGUUUAAUUAUGUGUAUGUAUAACAAAUGAAUAUAUUGAAUCUACGGAUUUGUUUGUAUCA